AUGGCGGAACAAGUCGGCGAGAGAAGGACGGAACGGCCACCGCAGAAGCCCGUGGCCCAAAAGCCGGUCAUAUCCGUGAAAGUCACCGGCGUAGUUAAGUGGUUCAACGUCAAAAGCGGUUAUGGUUUUAUCAACCGUAAUGAUACAAAAGAAGAUAUAUUUGUCCACCAGUCUGCUAUAAUCAAGAACAAUCCGAAGAAAAUUGUACGCAGUGUUGGUGAUGGUGAAACCGUAGAAUUUGACGUUGUUGAAGGUGAAAAAGGUCAUGAAGCAGCUAAUGUUACUGGUCCAGAUGGAGAAGCUGUUAAAGGAUCUCCUUAUGCAGCUGAAAGAAGAAGAAAUAACUAUCGCCAGUGGUUUUAUGGACGCCGUCCUAAUACCCGUGGGAGAAAUGGUGGUCAACCUCCAAGAGAUGGUAGUCCCAGUGGUGGCGAAAAGGAAGAAGCUGAAAAUGAAGUAGGAGAACAACCAAGACGUUACCAGCGUCAACCGCGUCAACAGAAUUGGUAUAACAGCUAUAGGGGAAAUAGAAGAGGUCCACCACCAAAUAGGGGAGAAGGUGGUGAUUACAAUGGUGGAGAUAACUAUGGAUAUGAUAGUUCACCUCCUGGUAGAGGCAGAGGUCGUGGGAUGGGUGCUCCCAGACGUUUCUUUAGACGAGGCAGUGGAUUUAGAGGAAGCCGUGGAACAGGAGGUCCACCUCGAAGACCGUAUCAAGAUGAAAAUCAGGACAAUGAAUAUAAUCAAAGUGAUGAAAAUGGAGCGAAUAGACCCCGUCCUCGCUACCGCCGCCGCAAUAAUCGUUCUAGAGCAAGAAGUGAUGGUCCUCCAAGAGCCAACAGCCAAAGUGACAACGAAUCCAAACAAAAAAAUUUUGGAGGCGAAACAUUGGAACUGGAUGAAAGUAGCCAUGCUUAA